GAUUCAACAACUUAGCAUAAUCGGCAAAUGUCCCUACACCGGACAUGUUGCCUCCACCACCAAUAUUAUUAUUAUCCUCCAUCCACAAUAAUAAUAUUAUUAUUUCUAUUAACUCUCCAAUUUUUUUUUUUAAAAUCUAAUUUUAAUUUAAUCUAUAUAAAAAAAAAAUCUCAUUUUUAUUUUAUGAUUUGAUUCUCGAAGAUCGUUGAACUCCGAUGGUAGCAUGCGUCGACAUGCCAUUCUCGGCGGACAUGGCCGCAGCUCUGUCACCCUCGUAUCAGUGCUUCUUCAAGCCCCCUCCCUCAUUCUUGGGCCUGGGCCUGGGCCUGGGCUUGGGCUUUGAGUUUCAGAGGAAGGGAAGAAGGCUACGUAGACACGUCAACUUGGUCAUCAGUGCCCAACUUUCCAACUCCUUUUCGUUGAGUUUCGGACUCGACUCUCAGAACUUGAAUUCCUUCCAAUCCAAUGAUCCAUCACAAUUGUCGUGGAUGGGUCCAGUUCCGGGCGAUAUUGCUGAAGUCGAGGCAUAUUGUAGGAUCUUUAGGAAUUCAGAAAGGCUUCAUUCUGCAUUAAUGGAUGCACUAUGUAAUCCGUUGACUGGUGAAUGUAGUGUCUCAUAUGAGGUUCCAUCUGAUGAGAAACCUCAAUUAGAAGAUAAAAUAGUUUCUGUCCUUGGAUGCAUGAUAUCUCUUGUGAACAAAGGCAGGGAGGAUGUUCUUUCUGGAAGAUCCUCAAUUAUGAAUGCCUUUCGUGCUGCAGAGGUUAGCACAACAGAGGAUAAGCUCCCCCCACUUGCCCUUUUUAGGAGUGAGAUGAAAAGGUGCUCUGAGAGCUUGCAUGUUGCUCUUGAGAACUAUUUGAUACCCGAUGAUGAUCGAAGCUUAAAUGUAUGGCGAAAACUUCAAAGACUGAAGAAUGUCUGCUAUGAUUCUGGUUUUCCUCGUCGGGAGGGUUGUCCUUGUCACACAUUAUUUGCAAAUUGGAGUCCUGUAUAUUUAUCCGCUUCUAAAGAGGACACAGAAUCCAAGGACAGAGAGGCAGCCUUUUGGACUGGUGGUCAGGUAACAGAAGAAGGUCUUAAGUGGUUACUGGAUAAAGGAUAUAAGACCAUUAUAGAUAUCAGAGCAGAGAAUGUAAAAGAUAACUUCUAUCAAGAGGCUCUUCGUGAUGCUAUUUCAUUUGGAAGAAUUGAAUUGGUAAAAAUCCCAGUUGAAGUUAAGACUGCACCUACAAUGGAACAGGUUGUGAGGUUUGCAUCUUAUGUUUCUGAUAGCAGCAAAAGGCCUAUCUAUGUUCACAGUAAGGAAGGAGUUUGGAGAACAUCUGCCAUGGUCUCCCGAUGGAGGCAGUACAUGACUCGAUCUACAUCACAAAUUGUUUCUAAUCCAUCAAUUACACCCUAUGACAUGUUAUCCCGUUAUACAAAUGGAUCUGCAAAACUCCAGAACUCUUCAACGACUGCAGAGAGAUCCUCCCUGGAAAAUGAUAUCAGUUCAUUGCAAGAGAGUUUGGGCUCAACACAUGGUUCUGUUGGAACAUUUGACAGAAGCACCUCUCAAAAGAAGUAUAAUGAUGAAGCACAAAGUACUACAACCUCAACUGAAGUUUCUAUUGAUAAUGGGGAAUUAUCAGAAGCCACUGCUGCUAAUGAGGAAGGAUAUUUUCCAAGUGACUCCAAAAACAUUAACCCUUUAAAAGCUCAAGUUCCUCCUUGUGAUAUUUUUUCCAAAAGAGAGAUGUCAAAUUUUUUUGGAAGACGGAAUAUCUCACCACCCUCUUUUGUCAAUUAUCAGAGCAGAAGGUUGGAAUGCUCUCUGCAACCAAGGAACAUGAAUAUCACGAAACCACAGGGAGGUGUGGUUGUCAGAAGUAGCGAUAAUCCCAUACCUAACACUGUAGUUCCAGAAAGUUCGAAUGGAUCUGCCGAUGUGGAUCAUCUAUCAAGAGAGCCCCAGGUUACAGUUGGUGGCAAUUGGAAGUUAGUAAACGGGAGUACUUCUGGUUCUGUUAAGACAACAGUGAAUGGAUUUAGUGAAGGGGAAAUGAAUUACAUAACUAAUGCCAAUGUUUCCAACACUGUGAAGGAUGAUAUUAAUGUCACAACUAAUUUUCAAAGGGUUGAAGAUCAAACGGUUAAGGAUGGGUUGGCCUUAAAUGAUGAUGACUUGGGAUCCAUUGAAGGAGAUAUGUGUGCUUCUACAACAGGAGUUGUAAGGGUGCAAUCUAGAAAGAAAGCUGAGAUGUUCCUAGUUCGAACAGAUGGAUUUUCUUGUACCAGAGAAAAAGUGACUGAAUCUUCUUUGGCUUUCACUCAUCCUAGCACCCAGCAGCAGAUGCUUAUGUGGAAGUCUAUGCCAAAGAAUGUGUUAUUGUUGAAAAAGCUGGGAGAAGAACUAAUGGAAGAAGCAAAAAUGGUUGCUUCUUUUCUUUAUCACCAAGAGAAAAUGAAUGUUCUUGUGGAACCCGAUGUGCAUGAUAUAUUUGCUAGAAUUCCAGGGUUUGGAUUUGUUCACACCUUCUAUAGUCAAGAUACCAGUGAUCUACAUGAGAAAGUAGAUUUUGUAGCAUGCUUGGGUGGAGAUGGUGUUAUACUGCAUGCAUCAAAUCUAUUCAGAGGUGCUGUUCCCCCUAUUGUGUCAUUUAACCUUGGCUCCCUUGGUUUUUUGACUUCUCAUGAUUUUGAAGAUUACAAGCAAGACUUACGACAAGUCAUCCAUGGAAAUAAUACACGAGAUGGUGUUUACAUUACACUUAGAAUGCGUCUCCGAUGUGAAAUUUUUCGUAAAGGUAAAGCAAUGCCGGGGAAAGUAUUUGAUAUUCUCAAUGAGGUUGUUGUCGAUCGGGGUUCUAAUCCAUACCUUUCAAAGAUUGAAUGCUAUGAACAUGAUCGGCUUAUAACUAAAGUACAAGGUGAUGGAGUCAUCGUGGCCACCCCUACAGGAAGUACUGCCUAUUCUACAGCUGCCGGAGGUUCCAUGGUCCAUCCAAACGUUCCUGGCAUAUUGUUCACCCCAAUCUGUCCACAUUCACUCUCAUUUAGACCAGUUAUACUUCCAGAUUCUGCCCAACUAGAAUUAAAGAUUCCAGAAGAUGCUAGAAGUAAUGCCUGGGUUUCAUUCGACGGGAAGAGAAGGCAGCAACUCUCAAGAGGCGAUUCGGUCCGAAUAUCUAUGAGUCAACAUCCCCUUCCAACUGUUAACAAGUUUGACCAAACUGGUGAUUGGUUCCGUAGCUUGAUUCGCUGCCUAAACUGGAAUGAGAGGCUUGAUCAAAAGGCUCUGUGAUGCUUGUGAAAUGCAUUAGUCAUUACCCUAAUGUGAGGACAUGUCCUGUAUAACUACUGUACAGCUUGUACAUUGAGAUUACAUAACUUAGAUAUAGUAGAUACUUCCCACUUUAUCACAUUGGCUACCAUUGUGAAGAUAGAGUUUGCCAAUGGAUUUUCAACAUGUUAUAAUGGCAUGAUGCUGUUGUAUAUACAUUUAUAGAAAGUAGUAAAUUUUUUUUUCCUUAGAUGCAGCUCUUUGUUGCAUCUGAAAAUUCA